AUAUACCGAUUUACCCAAAUACUCAAACAAGUCCAUUUGGUGAUGUUUUUAGGUUACUUACAGUAGUAGGUCUUAGCAUUUAUGGAAAUGUCAACAAACAUCGCUAACUGGACCAUUUGAGGAGAGAACAUGUAAAUAAUGGUGAUGUGGAGAGAGGUUUCUGUUGCUCCACCCAGCUUAGACAGAGCAAACAAUCAGCUCUAUUGAUGCAGUGACCAUGCCCUUCUCAAAAAAGUUUAUUAAUGCUCAGGUUAACACACUCAAAACACUGUUCUGAAAGUGCAGGGAGAGGCAGCCUGUCUUCUUGUUACUGAUUUUCUAGCAGUAAUACAACUCCAGAAGCCCUCCUCUUCAUAAAUUAACCAUUCUCUGAAAAACAAAUAAAUAAAUAACUGAAGCACAAUGGAACGCGAAUUUGACUACAGUGCCCUUAUGAAAGGGAUGUCAGAGCUUGAUUUCCAAGGGAAUGCAGUGCCAAGUGACCUUGUGCUAAUAGGCAGCAAUGCCUUUCCUCUAUCCAUGAAUCCAAGAGGUCAGGUCCUAAUGGCUGCAUCUCGCUAUGGCCAAGGACGUAUAGUAGUGUUGGGACAUGAGGAGUAUUUAACACGUUUCCCAGUCCUGGUGGAGAAUGCCCUGAAUUGGCUUAUGCCUCCUGAGUCUAAAAGCACAACUGUAGGCAUUCAAAAGAGUCUCGUUUCCCUUGCACAGAAUUUAUCUUACUGCACUCUGAAAACCGAGCUAGGAGAUUUCCAAAAUGUCGGGUUAGCAGUCUAUGUGGCCGAUGCCUACAGUGUUGAUUCAUGUGCCAAGGAGUUAGUAACCUUCCUGAAAUCUGGUGGAGGCUUGCUCAUUGCUGGUCAGGCUUGGAGCUGGGCUCAGUCCCAUCCAGGAGAAAAUACAUUACUCUGCUUCCCAGGCAACAAAGUGUGCAGUGUGGCAGGAAUCUAUUUCUCAGAGCUUCCAGCGGAACUCGGCAAAUUUCCUGUGCCCAUGCAAAUUCCUUCCAGCUGGCUGGCAGUGUCGAUUGGAAAGGAUUUCAAAGAUGACCUACAGUUCCUACUAAAAGGUUUUUCGGAAUUUGAUGUUCGAGGUGGGGCUUUAGCAUCCGAAGUGAUGGCACAUGGACCCUUAGCCUUUCCCAUUGCACUUACCCCAUGUGGUAGAGCAUUCAUUGCUGGGGCCUACUAUGGACAGGGGAGAAUAAUUGUAACCACCCAUGAAGGCUACCUUGGUCGUGAUUCACUGUCUACCUUCUUGAUCAACGCUAUCAACUGGCUUGAUGAAGGGCGCAAAGGAAAAAUCGGAAUCAUGCCCCAACUUAAAGAUGCCCAUCGUAUUCUGAGCAAGUCAGGGCUAAAUUGUCAAUUCACCAAUUUUAGUGAAGAUCUAAGUGUCUUUGUCUGUACCUCCUACAAUGAUUCCCAACGUCACCAGAUCCAGGAGUUUGUUGCUGAGGGUGGAGGUCUCUUGAUAGGAGGUCAUGCUUGGUACUGGGCCCAGACCCACCCUGGGCAAAAUGUGAUGACAGCUUCCCCCGGAAACCGUAUCCUCAAUAAAAUGGGACUGUGCAUCAUGGGUAAUACCUUGCAAGGUGGCUUGUAUAAAGCCCAGCAAUUAACGGGAGAUGGAGGCAGUGGUACACAGCCAUACCAUUUCCGUGAUUUGCUGCAGCGCUUUGCUAGCCAUGUCAUUGAGGGCCAGGAUCUUACCAAACAUGAAGAGAACAGUCUGCAGAAGCUGAGAAAUGAUUGUACAAGUUAUCUGCGCAUGCAAGCUCAUAAAAGCUCUUCCUAUACAUCAAUGGUUUCACUGCUCACAGAUAUGGUGAAAGAGGCAAAAAUUCCACAGGUGUGUGAUAAAUGUCCUGUUAAAAAUACCAAAGAUAAACUGCUGCUUCAUGUGGGAAGUGAGGUGUACAGAGUGUGCAAGGAUCCUGAUGCACUUCUGCCAUACAUCAUCUCCAAUAUACCCCAUCUACCUACAGUGUCCAAUGCCAGAGUCCGGAUCAGCGCAAACACAUCUGAUUGUGAAGAAUGGAUAAGUACAGGACUGUAUCUUUCUCCUGGAAUGAGGACUUACAUUGCAGUACCUCCAGAAAUCAAAGGCAAAGGUUGGAAGCUGCAGACUGGAUGUCAGACCGAUUGCUUGAACGAAGCAGAUGUUCUGAAACGUGCUCCUGUAGUGCACGAGCGAUUUGCUUUAGACUCUGAUAUGGUGCAGGUCUGGAAUUUGUGGGGAGGACUUUUAUACCUGAUCGCACCACCCAAGAGCAAAGUGGAUGGAGCAGAGUUUGUUGUACAAACAGCCAUAAAAGCACCAUACUAUAAGUCUGGACAAACCAGUGUAGCAGACUGGGUGAAGAAGAUCCGUAAUGCACCAGCUCCUUGGGCAGAGCUGGAGUUUGAGAAUGUAAUCAUCACCUUACACUCUGACUUCAUCCGUAAACUGGACCAUCCUGACAAGGUGGCGGCUCUGUGGGAUUCCAUCAUGAAGGGUGUGGCCGACUUAGCCUCAAAACCUGCCAAGUUUCCACGCAAGGAACGUUUUGUUGCUGAUGUUCAGAUCUCUUGUGGUUUCAUGCAUGCUGGCUACCCUGUAAUGAUUCACUCCACCUCUGCCGCAGAACUCAUGAACAUAGAGACAGCGCGUAAGAAUGGUUUUUGGGGGGCUAUUCAUGAAUUAGGCCAUAAUCAGCAGUGCUCUGUGUGGGAAUUCCCUCCACAUACCACUGAGUGCACCUGUAACCUGUGGUCAGUGUAUGUGAAUGAGGAGGUGCUGGGAGUGAACAGGACGAAAGCUCAUCCGAACAUGACACCAGAAAACAGAAAGACUCGAGCUAAGAAUUAUGUUAAGGAAGGCAGGAAUCUGGAAAACUGGAGUGUCUGGACAGCCCUGGAGACGUACAUGCAGCUGCAAGAAAAAUUUGGCUGGGAUGCUUUCAAGAAAGUCUUUGCAGCCUAUCACAGCAUCAAAAACGCUCCAAAUGACCGAGAUGGAAAGAUGAACUUGUACGCUGAAACCUUCUCAAAGGCAGUGAACAUGAAUCUGACUGCUUUCUUCAAAGCCUGGGGUUGGCCCAUUCAGCACAACACUGAGGAAGCGCUCAGCAGUCUGCCUAUGUGGAGUGACCAUCCCAUGGCCCAGUAUGCUUAGCUCCCCAGUCUCAGUAUGAGACUCCCAAUAAUCCCAUCAUACUUCCCAUCAUAUAGCUAAUUUCCUUUCAGACUUAAAUACACACUGUAUGUAACAUGCUAUCCUGUAAUAUCAGCCUUUAGAUCUAUUCAUGCUGUUCGCAAAUAAAACCAUUUCUGAAAUAUAAUGAAUAUACUGAGGUCACGGGGAGCCUAUGCCUAUCUCAGGCAUCAUCGGGCGUCAAGGCAGGAUAUACCCUGGACGAAGUGCCAACCCAUGCCCUUCCUGAAAAACUUUAUAACACUGUUUUGAAAGUGCAGGGAGAGGCAGCCUGUUUUGUUACUGAUUUUCUAGGUGAGUUGAUAGUCCUGAGUCUCUUUCUGUAUUUACAUAGCAUUUUAAAUGACAUUACUUUUCAGUACUGCAUGGCAUCUUGUAUUACAUUUGUUUAAAUAUGUAAUCGGUCUUAUCUCAGUUUAGAUCAUUACCUGACUAGCGAUAGAACUACAAUAUGAUUUGAUUUAUAACAGUUCCAAUAAAUCUGCUGUGAAACUGUUUGAUAUUUGUAGCCUCUGGUCAAAAUGUGAUCAGCUUUAUUGACAGUCUGGGUUAGGAAUACUGUUAAUUCUUGAAUGAUUUUUAACUCGCCAUUUUAACUCAUGGGAACUUUGCUUGUAACUUUGGGUGUAACUUUGGUUCGAGAAGUGGGGGGGACACAAAAUGGGGGAAAUUUUUUUUGAUGUGAAUCCCAUUUCCUGCAUUUACAUGCAUUUACGGACUAUGGUGAUACAAAAUCCAGGAACUAAUUAAGUUGAUUAUAAUGAUAAAUUCUGUCAAAAAGAAUUAUAGGCUACUAAACUGUUUAUAUAGAAAAGAUGUCUUACUUUCUUUAUUGUUUAAUAGUGGCCGAUUGCCAAGAGAAUAAUUUUAGCAAGUCAAAAAUGUUCACCAUUAAUGUUUUGUGUGUGAAUACAAUAUAAAUAAUGUAAUAAUUACUCAAAUUCCACUGCUAAAGAAACUUUUAUUUUAAACUGUAGUACCUGAAAAUGUAAAAUAAAUUAUUUGUUGUACAGGAUGUUUGUCAGAGACACAUACAGCAAACCGCAGGGGUUUAGAAUAGAAAAAGCAAAAAGCUUUUAUGAACCGUGUGUGUUACAGCACUAUUUUCGCUAAAUUAAUAUGUAAUAUAAUUUUAUAAUUUUUAUAACAAUUAUAUGAAAAUGUUGAGCAUUACUUUAAUAAUUGUCUCUCAUGCAUAAACAACCACUCUUAGUUAAUGAACAAAUUAAAAUAUUUACAUUCCUGGUGCUAAUUUUUUGUGCAUCACAAAUACCUAAAAUAGAUCAUUUUUAUGCCUCCAACACUGUAUUAUAGCAGGGUAGGAAGUAACAAUCUGUAAUCCUUACUUCUGUAAUCCAAAAGGAUGGGAAAAUUGAUAACACAACAGAUACACUACUUAUUUGGUACACAUGAUGCGAGAUUGGCACACAAUCUCACAAACAAUAAAAAUAUAUACUGUAAAGAACAUUGUCCUCCAUCUCUCCAUUCAAUCACAUCUAUCCUUCUAUCCAUCUAACCUCAUCUGUCCUCUGAUAUGAAAACAACUGAGUCAGGGAUGUUUCUAGGAUUUGGAAACAUCAGGGGCUGAGCCCAAAAGAUCAGGGGCAAAUUAGAGAGAAUGGGAAAGCAAGAAUAACACAUUUUGAAAGAGCAUUUUUAUGUAAUAUUGUUUAAUAAUAAACACAGAUAAACAGCAACUUAAAAAAAAAGGAGCUCAUUAAAUUGAUUACAUUUUCUCUCACACGGGUAUGCAGUAUUAUAUACCUGUUACAGCUUGUGUGUGAAGCAGUGUCUUGUAGAUUAUUAUUAUUAUUAUUAUUAUUAUCAUUAUUAUUAUUAUUAUUAUUAUUAUUAUUAUUAUUAUUAUUAUUAUACAAUAAUCUAUAUGUGAUGGGGAGAGAGUUGGUUGUGUUGCAUGGUGUUUUGUUUUGUAUAUAUAUAUAUAUAUGUAUUCUUUUUUGUGCACGAGCUUGUUUUGGGUUGUUUGCUGUUGUGUGGGUUGCUGUGUUUUCUUUUCCUGUUUGUGGGCAGUAUUCCAAGCCACAUGCUUAUUUAGGUUAAUUGGACUAGCGAUGGGAUGUUUGCGGGAGUCUCCUGCGGGUGCUGCGAGAUGAGGGCGAACACUGACGGGAUUCUUCUGCGCGUGACUACACCAGACUGGAUAGCGGGGUUGAUAUCCGGUCACGCUGUGAGUACGAUUGAUUUCGAUUUAGCGGUGGAACUGUUAACAUUCCUGUUAAUCACCCUCGGGAAGAGAACGCGUCCACAACCAGAUCGGAUGCUUUUAUUAAAUAAGUGGUUUUUUUAAAUUAUUUUUUUUAGGCUAUACUAGUGUAGACUGAAAUCCUGUGUGGAUGUUAAGUGCUGUGAGACUAUUACGUGGAUGCUGGCAGUGUUUUCUUAUUUUCCAGCAUCACCACUCCCAUGGCCUUUAUUGGAGAAUGGAGGGUAAAAGGACGGUGGCUGUGAUUUCUGAUGCCCAGCUGAGACUGUGUUAACUCCGGACUGUUACUGAGCGUGGACUUUGGACUCUGGUUCUUUGUUUUUAUUCUUUCCUGUAUCCCUUGAUUGUAAUAAAGAACUGUAUAUUUGA